AUGCAGGAUAUCAUCAACAAAUUCCCUCCGCUGCCUACCCCUCCAGCCAAGUUAAAGGAAGAACUCCACGAAGCACGCAACAAGUGCAUUCUGUCCAACUUCAACACGAACGUUGCUGAGUAUGUCGGUUUGAUCGCGGACAAAUCCCGAGGCCUCCGAACCCUGAAAAACGUUGCCGGAACUGGAGGCACAACCUACUAUGUCCUGGAGAGGCUCCCCGGUUUUCUGGCUAAAGCCGCCGAACGAUUCUCCAAGGACGCAGUAAUCCUGGAGUUUUUGACGCUGAACAUCGAAGAGGAUCCGCUAGCACAGGGUUUUCAGGCUGAGUCAUUUGACCUGAUUGUAUGUGCCAAUGUCCUGCAUGCCACGCGGUCAAUGCAGGAGACUGUAGCCCACUGUCGGUGCUUUCUGAAACUGGGAGGCAAGCUCGUGCUGUCAGAGGUGACAAUCGGCGGCCUCGGCGGUAUCUGCCGUGGGAUCAGUCGCUGGCUACGGAGAAGGGCGUGA